UAUUGCUACAUCAGCUCGAAGUUAGUUCAGACUCUUCGCUACAAUGGCUAGCAACUUUUUCACUUGUUCCUUUUUCACUUUUCUCAUUUGCGCUUGGAACAUUUACUCGGUCGAUGGACUUUCCUUGGAGGAUCGACUGCAACAAUUAACUGAUAAUUAUGUCGAGAUCAAAUCAAUUCUGCAAGACAAAAUUGUCCAACUGGAAAUGAAAGACGCGAGGUUGGAGGCACUCGAACUAAAAAUGCAACAGCAAUAUGAAAUCAGAGAAGGUUUGUCAGUCAAAGUGUCCGAGCUAGAGUCCAAAGUGCAACAACAACAACGGCUUUUGACUGCCCUUCAAAACAAGCAAUCGGCAGCAGUCUCUGAUUACAGAUCUGACGUCAAAAAUGAUUCGAGAAUUAGCAAUGGAAUGCCAACUUCGUGCGCAGAUCUAUAUGCCAUGGGUCACAGUUUGAGUGGGUUCUAUUCCGUAAGAGGCGCUUCUAUGGUGGAAAGUGUCUACUGCGACUUUACCAAGCAAUCCAGCGAUCCUGGUUUCCAACAAUUCAUUGGCUCGACUGAAAUGAAAUCAUCGCCCGCUAUCUUCUACGUGCAGAGGAGCUCGUCUUUCACUCAGAUCAACGUUCCCGUUCCAUUUCAAAUUGAAAGACUCAACGUUGGAAAAGCCAUGAAUUUGACAUCGGGCAAAUUCACGGCCCCAGUCACGGGCAACUACUUUUUCUCGCUCUCGGGCACGGCGUACAUUCCGGCGACGACAACUCGACUGGUUUUCACUAUCGGUCUCUUCCUGAACGACAAUUCAAUCGCUUACGGUUACGCAGACGAAAUGAGCGCCGAUUACCAAUACGAAACGUUUUCUCUCCAGUCGACGCUUAAUUUGAUCAAAGGCGAUCAAGUCUGGAUACAGAUUUCCUCCAUGGAAACAGGAGUGUAUCUAUACGGAGGGUUGUUCACUCACUUCAACGGCUGGCUACUACAAGAAGAUAUUUUCCAACCGCAAAUAUAUCACAACUGAAAAAAAAAAUCAAUCAAAUAAUAAUAACUUUUUUUAAAAUCACUUCAGAAUAAAAUUAUCUGUGAUGUAAUUUUCUUUCUCGUAAUAUACCAAUUCCUAAAUCGGAAA